AAACAGGAUGCAACCAACACGUGCUCCCAGGACACAUGUGGCGGAUCGGCUUGGCUGUCCUACGGACGGAUGAUGCUCAUGGUCACGACAAGUGGCGACAGCGAUUGCGGUGAAGGCGUCAACAGGAGUCCUAUAGGGCUUCUGAGUUCCUGCGUUGUCUAUCCAGCCAUCCGCUUAUCGAGACUGAGCACCGACACGCGUUGGAAGCAAUUCUCCCGAGAUGAAUUGAUAUAUUUGAACCAAGACUUUGAAGUCCAAUUGGGGGCUUUUUUUGCAGUGUACAGUAACGCUUCCCCAAGCCCUCUCAACCGUCAAAGUCAGUUCUAUAACUCGAUCCUUGAGCGGACGACAAAAUAAUCUAGCCGCUGCUCUUCUCUCUUUGGCUUUCAAAACGGCGGGUCGCUUGGGUUGCGUUAUCCUGCCUCUUGUUCUGACGGUGGUCUGGUGCCGAAAAUUGCCCCCAAGCAGCCGCUGGUGACGAAUAGAUAAAUCUGGCUACAGAUCCGGCAGGAAGAAAAACAAAA